AAAAAAAGCUUCAGGAAGCUACAACAUAUCUUACACCACAUUUCCCCCGGUUUCUUGCACGUCUAAAGCUACCAUUCUCUCUAUAUCAUGAAGACUGGCAUUCUCGCUCUCUCCCUCGGCCUCCUGGCCAGCCAAGUGCUUGCCUGUGCCACGCUUGGCGAAACCUGUAGCGAAGGCGCCAAAAAGAGAUGUGUGUGUGAUGAGGGCUACCUGGCCAUCUGCGAGGCAGUUGUAGAUGGGGAAUAUGUGGAGUAUAUUUGGAUCAGGGGAAAGAACUGUCCAGUGCCGGCUGAUGGGGGGGUGCAGUGCGAGAAUGGUGCCUGCACCUCUUAACUACUCUAGUUAUGUGGCUAUAGCUCACUAAUACUAUAGUUAAAAG